CUCCAAACGUAACGUACGAACUAGGAAGACAGAUUGAUUGCAGGCAGGUCUGAGUGCUUUCAAGUCGUCGUAACGUGACAGCAUUUAGUAAAGCGUCUGGGAUCAGUAAAUAAAAAAAAACUGUGGCAUUAAAGAAAUUUUAACGUGUGAUAUUAGAAUGAUUGUACGUUUUUGAAUAUUAGUUGGCGCUUGCGAAGAAAUCAUCAACAUCAUCAUCAACUGCUUCCAGCCUGCUCGCGAAGACAAUGAUGACUAAAUCACACAUUUUUAUAACGCUGACGACAGCAUUUUUAGCGCUGGGAGGGGCGCGGCCGGAGCGACCGUGCGUCUGCGAGACGCCGGCCCACGACGAGGUGCCUCCCCCGGAGACCAGCGAGUCCGUGGCGGGGAUGGUGAUGCCCUACCUCACCGAGCACUGCGUGGCGCCGCCCAAAGAGUGCCCGCACCCCGACAUCACCUUCCACCUCUACACCAGGGACUCGCAGCAGGACCCUCACCAGCUGAGCGUUGGUGACCAGGCCAGUGUCUCGUCGGCGAGGUUCGAGCGAGGGCAGCCCGUCAAGGUCAUCAUUCACGGCUACACGGGCCACAAGGACUUCGCGCCCAACCCCGAGAUCAGACCCGCGUACCUCAAGAAGCACCCGUACAAUGUGAUCUCGGUGGACUACGGACCACUGGCGCGCGACGGCUGCUACAUCCAGGCCACCUACAACGUGGACCUGGUGGGCAACUGCACGGCUCAGAUGAUAGACUACCUGGUGGACCAGGGCGCCGCUCGCCUGGAGGACUUCCACGUCAUAGGCUUCAGCCUGGGCGGGCAGGUGGCGGGCCAGGUGGGCCGCUUCCUCAAGUCCGGCCAGCUGCAGCGGGUCACCGGACUCGACCCGGCGAUGCCCAACUUCUUCUUCUUCUCCAACGCCGACUCGAAGCUGGACGCGUCGGACGCCCGGUUCGUGGACGUGGUGCACACGAACGCCGCCUUCAAGGGCAAGACGGAGAUGUCGGGCACCGUCGACUUCUACAUCAACGGCGGCUUCAACCAGCCGGGCUGCGAAUCCGUCAACGUGGCCGGCUACAGCACCUGCUCGCACAACCGCGCGCCGCAGUACUUCGCCGAGAGCAUCGACAGCGAGGCCGGCUUCUGGGGGCGACCGUGCUCCGGCUGGUUCUACUGCAUGAUCGGCUGGACGAACAUGGGCGCUGCCGUGCUCAUGGGCGAGAACGUGCCGCUCAGCACUCGCGGCCAAUAUUAUGUGCCCACCACUACGGGUCCACAUUUCGCCAAGGGAAAAUGGUGGUGAUGCCACUCAAUUUGUCUUAUGAGCAAGAUUCCAUGAAGAACAUAACAUGAACAUGACUGGGAUUAUGAUAAAUAAACUGUGCAAUCACAAGUACAGAAAUAUUGUGGAAUAAUUUUCAAAUGGUCUAGUAGGGUGACCAGCAGUUUUUUAGUAUACAUUUUGAACGAUUUUCUCCAAAUGAAUACCAACCCUCAGAAAAAAUUGAAAAUUUUAGUUAUAGCACUGCCGCAAGUCCAUUUGAAUGCAACACCUGUUUAAAUUAUGAUACAAGGCUCUAACGUAAAUAUUUAAUGCCACCUGUUUGUAUGUAUAAAUCUUCGAUAUUCUAUACGGAAUAUCUGAUUAAAAAUUUUUGCUUUACAUA